CAGUCUAUGGAAGAAGGGAGUAAUUGGCUUAGACACACCUGUAAAACUACUGAGGGCAGUAUUCUUUUAUAAUGGGAUAAACUUUGCUCUUCGAGGUGGUGCGGAGCACAGAAGCCUCAAAUGGAGUCAGGUGACUAGAUGCAGCCAAACCACAGACGGAUUGUCAAAAGUCUGUUACAUUUAUGUUGAGCACGGAUCCAAAAAUCAUAGUGGUGGACUACGUGAUUUACGGCAUCCAAACAAAAAAGUCACAAGGUAAAUUAUAGUCAAGCUCCAACGUGUUUCUGUAAGGUAAUAGCAUUUUGUGGUUUGUGGUUUAUCAGAUACGCUAAUGAAGAAGCCGGUGACCGUUGCCACGUAAAAAUUUUGGAUCUCUAUCUUAGUAAGUUGCCAGCAGGAUUUUCUCGAGAAGCCUUCUAUUAUAAACCUUUGUCGUCUACUCCUUCAUUUGGUCCUUGGUAUUCAAAGCAAGUAAUCGGUCAUAACACGUUGGCUACAAUGAUGAAAGUGAUGACAGCUGAAGCUGGUCUUCCAGUUCGAACCAACCACGCUCUUCGAGCUACUAGUGCGACAAGGCUGUUUCAAGCGGGAGUUCCUGAACAUGUAAUUCAAGGCAGAACCGGCCACAAAACCUUGCAAGCACUGAGACAAUAUCAAGAGCCAUCCGAAUUGCAGCAAAUGGCAGCGUGCAAAGUUUUGGACAAUGGCCAUGGACACACCGAUUACACUGACGCAAAAGUCAAGGAGUCCGGAGAGACAACGGAACAGGCAGAUGAGCUGAAAGUAGUCGAGGUUGAACAGCCGUCUGAAACGGGAAGACAGAAUCCGGCGCCAUUUGUCAUUUCUGACUGCGUCUUUACAAACUGCAGUACUGUGAACAUUAUUAUUGGUAAAGAAUAAGCUUGUAAUCUAAAAUAGGUA